UCUGAAUUCCAAGGGAGUUUGAACGCAGCACAAAUAAAGGAACUGUUUUUUAACAGUGACGAAACAAAACAACAACAAGACAACGGCUUACAGACUGGCUCUCAUCUUUAGCUUCUUUCGGCUCUUUAACAGCAGCAGCAGCAGCAUCCUGUGGCUCCCCGCAGAGGACAGCGGGUGUUUGUAGGACACAGGGCCCGCCGAGGGAGGGUCCUGGCCUGGGCACGGAUCCCGAAGAGGCCCCGGGGCCGCCGCUGGAUGGAGUCGGGCUGCAUGCACACAGCAAUGGCUAUGGGUCUGACAUCGAAAAAGGCGUCUGCUCGGAGCGUCGGUGUGGAGCGAAAAAACCUCAUCACGGUUUGCAGAUUCUCUGUAAAGACUCUCCUAGAAAAGUACACAGCAGAGCCCAUAGAUGACUCAUCCGAGGAGUUUAUUAACUUUGCCGCGAUUUUGGAGCACAUCCUCAGCCACCGCUUCAAAGGUAACACUGCAGGUUCAGGAAGCUGGUUCAGCUCAGAUGGACAGCGCAGUUUCUGGGAAUACAUCCGGCUGGCGUGCAGCAAGGUGCAGAACAACUGCAUUGCCAGCAUCGAAAACAUAGAGAACAUCAGCACAUCACGAGCAAAGGGACGCGCAUGGAUUCGAGUGGCGCUGAUGGAGAAACGUCUGUCUGAAUAUGUGUCCACUGCUCUGAGGGACACAAGAACAACCAGGAGGUUCUAUGAUGAUGGAGCCAUUAUGCUGAGAGAGGAAGCUCAAGUCCUGACUGGCAUGCUGAUUGGACUGAGUGCCAUUGACUUCAGUUUUUGCUUGAAGGGGGAAACUCUGGAUGGGAAAUCCUCCGCUGUGAUUGACUUCACGCCCUACCUGAAGUUCACUCAGAGCUACGACUACCUGAGUGACGAGGAUGACCGUCGCAGCGUGGACAGCAGUAACAGCGAGGAGAGUGUCCCCGAGCAUCCCUACAUCCCUCUGGUGACCGACGAGGAGAGCUGGAGCAACAAGUGUCGCAAGAUGGAGCAGAGGUUUAAGAUCGUCUACGCCCAGAAGGGUUACCUGGAGGAGCUGGUGCGCCUGCGGGAAUCCCAGCUGAAGAACGUGGAGACGGAGAACAAGCGCCUGAGAUCCAAGGUGGAGGAGCUGACAGUCCAGAGCCAGCAGGAGAAGAAGGAGCUAGAGGCCGUCGUGCUGGAGCUGCAGGCACAACUCUCUGCCCUCAUGCCGUGUGAUUCCUCCCAUCUGGCUAAAGAUCUCUCCAUCCCGCUGGUCAACCAGUGGUCCACCAUCACAAACAACCUGGGUGAUGUCAAACUUUUCCGCAGGAGGAGUUUCCACAGUUUGGAGCAACUUUCUGCUGAUGUCAGUCUGAACUCUGACUCCCAGAGGGCUGAUGGGAGACAGAACGGAGACGCUGCCUGGACUUCAGGAGGAAAAGACACCACUCCCUCCAUGCUGGGUCUGUGUGGCUCUCUGGCCUCUUUACCGAGCUCCAGGUCGCUGGCCAGCCUCAAGUCCAGCGAGUGUUUGGUCAACAUCAGCACUGACCCCAGCCCUGCGCUCACUCCCAGCUAAGAGCUCCAGACCAACAGAGAUUUAACCCCCAGCCUGUCUGCCUGCCUGGUGAUGCUGCGUUGACCACGAACCCGACCAAAACCCCUGCUCCCAAGAAUCCACCAAGACCAUCAACAGCUCCACGAGAAGUCGUGACACCAUCUCUGGAUUUUUGUACACAUGAGAGUGACGUCAUCUUGAAGCUGAAAGGAUCCAUCUCUUUUGGUUCUUUCCCUGCUCCUCGCCUUAUCUGCUCGACUCUUCUCUCACAACCACUUUGUACUAUCUGUGAAAUCCUCUGUAAACUCCUGUCAGACCUUGAUUUCCUCAAAUAGUUUUCCCAUCUUGCUCCUUAUUUAAUCAGUAUUCUUCCCCCAUGGCAUCAUCUGUGUGUUUGUGCUUCAACUUUCUUGUCCAAAUGUAACCAAAACAGCACUUGCAGCUCUUUGGAUGCAGCCACUUGCAAAGAGAGAUCAUUUUAAGAGAUGCAGAUUAUCCGUAUAAAGACUGUCCUCACAGUGACGUAGCACUGAGACGUAUGUUUUAUGGGCGUGACUGAAUUGUAUCUGGGGUCUGCCACCCCUGAACGUGCAUAUCAUUCCUGCUUCAAACACUGUUUUAAAUCUGUGCAGCUAUUUAUUGAAUCUAUCAAAUCUUAAUCAACCGCAUACGUUCAUUUAUCUGAUUUUUAUCCAAUACAGCAGUAUGUUCUUUCUACACGUAUACAUUGAGUUAUUUCUGUUUGUUUUGUGUUGCAAUAAACUGCCUUUUUUUCCAUUA